AUGCUGGCAGACCUGGUGUCCUGUCUGCUGCUGGCAGGGGCGCUGCUGGCCCCAGGCCCCAGGGCCCGAGCCAUGAAAGGUGUCAAAUGUGGGGGCGUGCUCUCGGCACCUUCCGGAAACUUCUCCAGCCCCAACUUCCCCAGGCUCUACCCCUACAACACGGAGUGCAGCUGGCUCAUCGUGGUGGCCGAGGGCUCCUCGGUGCUGCUCACCUUCCACGCCUUUGACCUGGAGUACCACGACUCCUGUGGCUUCGACUACCUGGAGGUCUACAACGGGGCGUCCGGGGACAAGGGCAGCCUGCUGGGGAGAUUCUGUGGCCAGGUGCCCCCACCGCCCUUCACCUCCUCCUGGCACGUCAUGUCUGUCGUCUUCCACUCAGACAAGCACGUGGCCAGCCGUGGCUUUUCUGCCGGCUACCAGAAAGAUGUGUGUGGUGGCGUCCUGACGGGCCUUUCGGGGGUCCUCACCAGCCCUGAGUACCCUGACAACUACCCUAACAACGUGGAGUGCCACUGGGUGAUCCGGGCCUCUGGCGCUGCCACCGUCAAGCUGGUGUUCGUGGACUUCCAGCUGGAGGGCAAUGAGGAGUGCACCUAUGACUACGUGGCCGUGCUUGAGGGGUCAGUCCCUGCCCACGGGCACCACUACUGUGGCAACACCAGGCCCCCCACUCUUGUGUCACUGGGCCACGAGCUGCAGGUGAUCUUCAAGUCCGACUUUAACAUCGGAGGUCGGGGCUUCAAGGCCUACUACUUCUCAGGAGAAUGCCAGGAGGUGUACACGGCUGUGCGGGGUAACUUCUCCAGCCCACAGUACCCCGACUCCUACCCUAACAACAUCCACUGCCACUGGACCAUCCGCCUGCCUCCUGGCUAUCGGGUCAAGGUGUUCUUCCUGGACCUGGAUCUGGAGGGUCCCAAUAGCCUGACCAGGACCUGUGACUUCGACCAUCUGUCAGCCUAUGAUGGGGCCAGCGAGGAGGCACCCCUACUGGGCAGUUGGUGUGGACACCACCUGCCAGCACCGGUCACCUCGAACCAAAACCAGCUUCUGCUUCUGCUGCACACGGACCGCAGCACUGCCCGAAGGGGCUUCUCUGUGGCCUACAUUGGAGUCGUACCCGUGAACGUGAGCUGCUCCCGCACGGACUUCCAGAUCCUGAUCUCCGCACAGGCGCUGGCGCCACUGGAGCGGACCAAGGUCUACCUGGGCAGCCGUAGCUGUGCCGCCCAGGAAGCGGGCAGUUCCUUCAGGAUCCAGGCCCGCUUUGACACCUGCGGCACCGAGUCUCAGAGGAGGAACAACACCUCCGUGAUCGUCAGUGUGCUGUACAUCGACUUCUCGGCCGGUGGGCAGGAGGACAUCCAUGAGUACGAGGUCCGCUGUGAGCCACGGCGCAAGGAGGCUUCUGUCCACCUGCUGUCCGGCUCCGACUGGCUUGGGCCCUAUGCUGCCACAGCAGAGCAUCUUCAGGAAGCGCCUCCCAGGGAUGAGGUGGAUGCACUAGAGGGCCCCGUGGCUACGGUGGCCCAGGACACCAGUGACAUUGUCUUUCUGGGGCUCUGCAUCCUGGCUGGAGUCCUCAUGGUCAUUGCCAUCGUGGUCCUGAUGCUGUUGUGA